AUGGAUCAUCUACUUGAGACUAUGUUAAGCAUGGCCAUGAAGGAAAGUAAUGCUGAGAUUAAUGUUGACGCCCAUAACAUUGUUGAUCAAAUAGGCUCAUCGCCACUGAACAUCCCUGGGGCAACUAAUCCUGAAUUUGGAUUUCCUUUAUGGUAUGUUCAUACAGAGGGGGUUCAUGUCCCUCCUCAUGUUGUUAUACCAGUGGUUAACUUGGGGGCCCAAGAGACCUCUUCCACAUCUGCCCGACAUGGAUCUCUAUAUAAGGAUAAUAAUGGUUUCUACAUGCCUCUGCAGAUGAGGCCUACUGUUGGAACUUUUCCAGACCUUGUUGUAGAAAGGCUCUAUGAACUAGAGAAAAAGUUCAAGUCCAUGGAGGUUCACUUUACUCCCGACCUUGACGUUGUCGACAUGUGCUUGGUACUAGGGCUAGUGAUCCCUCAAAAGUUCAAGGUACUAGAUUUUGACAAGUAUAAGGGGGUCAGUUGUCUAUGCAUUCACCUGAGGGCAUAUUACCGUAAGAUGGCAUCUCAUAUCGACAACGAAAAACUCUUGAUCCAUUACUUCCAGGACAACCUCAAUAAGGCAUCAUUGGAAUGGUACAUGCAGCUAGAAAGGAGUCAGGUUCAAUCCUGGAGGGACCUCAUUGAAGCUUUCCUUAGGCAGUAUCAAUAUAACAUUAAUCUGGUGCCUAAUCGCGCCCAGUUACAAGAUAUGACACAUCAUAAUAAUGAAUCGUUUAAGGAGUACGCCCAAUAG